AAACCCCACACACCCGUCAAAUUCUUUGUUCAUUGCUCUCUCUUUUCUUUGUUUUCAGUUCUUAAUACUUUGUUUGAUUUCAUCAAAAAAAAUCCCAUCAUGAGAGAAAUCCUCCACGUUCAAGCCGGUCAGUGUGGAAACCAAAUCGGAGGCAAAUUCUGGGAAGUUGUUAGCGACGAACAUGGAAUUGAUCCCAAAGGGAACUACGUCGGUACUUCUCGUGUUCAGCUUGAGAGGGUUAAUGUUUACUACAACGAAGCUAGUGGUGGUCGUUACGUACCCAGAGCUGUUUUAAUGGACCUUGAACCAGGAACCAUGGAUAGCUUGCGUACUGGUCCGCACGGACAACUUUUUAGACCUGAUAACUUCAUUUUUGGUCAAAAUGGAGCUGGGAAUAACUGGGCUAAGGGUCAUUACACUGAAGGAGCUGAAUUGAUUGAUUCGGUUCUUGAUGUUGUUCGUAAAGAAGCUGAGAAUUGUGAUUGCUUACAAGGCUUCCAGAUUUGUCAUUCUUUGGGAGGUGGAACUGGUUCGGGGAUGGGGACACUGUUGAUAUCAAAGAUCAAGGAAGAAUACCCUGAUCGGAUGAUGCUGACUUUCUCGGUUUUUCCGUCGCCUAAAGUGUCUGAUACGGUGGUUGAGCCCUAUAAUGCGACUUUAUCAGUGCACCAGCUUGUGGAAAAUGGUGAUGAAUGCAUGGUGCUUGAUAAUGAAGCUCUCUAUGAUAUCUGUUUUAGAACUCUCAAGCUCACUAAUCCCAGCUUUGGUGAUUUGAAUCAUUUGAUUUCAACAACUAUGAGUGGAGCUACAUGCUGCCUUCGUUUCCCAGGCCAACUCAACUCCGAUCUCCGAAAACUAGCUGUAAACUUGAUCCCAUUCCCACGCCUGCAUUUUUUCAUGGUUGGUUUUGCACCCUUGACAUCCCGUAGCUCGCAACAGUACCGAGCCUUAACGAUCCCCGAGCUAACUCAACAAAUGUGGGAUGCUAGAAACAUGAUGUGUGCCGCUGAUCCCCGCCACGGAAGGUACUUGACGGCGUCAGCUAUGUUCAGAGGCAAGAUGAGCACUAAAGAAGUUGAUGAACAAAUGAUAAAUGUGCAGAACAAGAACUCAUCGUAUUUCGUAGAGUGGAUUCCCAACAAUGUUAAAUCAAGUGUUUGUGACAUCCCACCCACCGGGUUAACAAUGUCAUCAACAUUCAUGGGGAAUUCGACGUCGAUUCAAGAGAUGUUCCGGCGUGUUUCGGAACAAUUCACCGUUAUGUUCCGUAGGAAGGCGUUUUUGCACUGGUAUACAGGGGAAGGAAUGGAUGAAAUGGAGUUUACAGAAGCGGAAAGUAACAUGAAUGAUCUGGUUUCGGAGUAUCAGCAAUAUCAAGAUGCUGUUGCAGAUGACAAUGAUGAAGAUUAUGAAGAUGAGGCAAUGGAAAAUUAAGGUGAUUUUUUUAAAAAAAAUUCAACUUCAAAAAAAAAAAAAAAAAGCCAAUGGUGUUUUUGGGGACUACUUGGUGAUUUGUCAUUUGAUGCUUAAAGAGCCAUGUGUGAUUUGUGUUUUGAAUUUGAUGCAUUUUGUGAAGAAUUAUGAUUGAAAAUAUGUGAUUGAUUGUAUGUAAUUUUGGAUUGUAAAUUUUGCUUAUUUGUGUGUUUAUUUAUAUAAUAACUUCACUUUGGCUUGUUUAUUUGACUAUGAUUAUCUAUGCAUUUGUAAUAAUUUGUUGAUUGAGUCAUAGUUUGAUUGGUACAUAUAUUGUCCUCAAUACAAAAGGAAGUGAGUUUGAGUGCGUUGAAACGCAUUA